CUUGGCACCUUCAUGAUAUAUUCUUCGAAUUCGUCUUGGGAUUAUUCUGGUCUCCGCCGAGGCCUCCAGUUUCAAGUAAAACGAACAUUCCUGUCUACAUCUUCGAUUUGAAUCUAUUGCUCCCUAGGCACAAUGCCUUCUCAUACACACACAGCCAUUUUGGCCCUGGCACUAUCGAGUGCUUCGCUAUUUGCCUCCCCGGUUGGAGCUCACCCUGUUGAGUUACAGGCUAGGGCUCCCGCAACUGAAGAGCAGUCUGUUGGGCUUUUGGCCCUUGGAGGCGGCUGCCCUCAAAAGAGAGAUGUUGAAGCCACUGAUCAGGUUUCCGGCGGAGGCAGCGAUGACGACGACGAUGGCUCCGGCAGUUCUGAUGGUGAUGAUGGAGACCUUGGAGUGACUGGAAGCCUUGGAAUCACCGGAUCAAAUGGAGGUACUGGUACUGGGAGCGAUGAUGGCUCUGGAAGCAAUAAUGGUUCUGGAAAUGAUGGCUCUGGAGGCAGCAAUGGUUCUGGAAGCAACAAUAGCUCUGGGAACACCGACGGCUCUGGAGGUAACAACGGCUCUGGAAACAAUGAUGGUUCUGGAAGCAACGGCUCUGGAAGUGACGGCUCUGGAAGCAACGGUUCUGGAAGCAAUGGUUCUGGAAGUGACGGCUCUGGAAGCAACAACGGUUCUGGAAGCAGCAAUGGCUCUGGAGGCAGUGGAAGCAGCGGCAGCAACAAUAACGGUAAGAGCACCGGCGCUAACAACACUGGCUCAGGCACAAGCCUGGUCAUCACGGUCACCCCAACAGAGGAUGAAAGCAGCGGCAGUGGUGGUACAGGCACAAGCUCAACCUCCAGCAUCUCGCUUGCAAUUUCUAGCAACGGGGUGUCGGGCUAUGCCACUAAGAGAUAUCCUCCUUCAGAUAGCAAGAGUUCUUCUUCAUCUUCUUCUUCUUCGAAAGGUCAGAAGCCCAACGAAAUCGAUACCGACAGCAGCAGCGGCGACAACAAUGGAAGCACCAACACCGGCAGCGGCUCCAGCAUCUAUGUCAGCGAAACAAGCAGCAACAACAACAGCUCCACUACAAACAAAGACGAUGACAAGGAUGAUGACAAAGAUAAAGAUGGUGAUAGCAAAAGUUCAGACCCUGUGAGCUCGUUGCUCUCGAGUGUUUCGGGCUUGCUGGGUGGGCUUCUCGGACGCUAG